CGAGGAUUGGCUGUCAGGAGUGAUCGGUCCGGCGAAGGAGUAGGAGGUCCGGGUCGCCAUUUUGGCAGGUUGUGAGAGCCUUCUGUCGUCGCCGUGAGCUGAGCUGUCGUCCAGCCCGUCCAGCCAGCUUAGCCGUAAACGCGUGCGAGAGAGCUUCUGGGCUCGAUCGAAUCGCGAUUUCGUUGGCAGGCCGGUACCGGGAAUUACGAAAUCGAAAUAUUCACGCGAACCGGCUGUACAUAACGAUUUUUCAUUCGAUGUUACUCGUUCGAUCGUUCGAGUGAGACAUUUCCUCGGUUACCCCACGAGUGGUGUGCCUGUGACACAUUUACUCCCCAUCGACGAGUUGGCGAACGAUCUUGGAAAGUGAUUAUAGAAUAGGAUCAAAAGGUAGCAGGUGAGCUGAUAAAGACUUCCAGUGUGACAGAAGGAACGACAGUAUGGCGGGACAGACCAUCAACGACAGACUAUUAGCAGCGAGACACAGCAUCGCCGGGCAGGGCCUUGCUAAAGCUGUAUGUAAAGCAACCACCGAGGAGAUGAUAGGCCCUAAGAAGAAACAUCUCGAAUAUUUAGUACGAUGCACAAACGAGCCGAACGUGUCGAUACCACAGCUGGCGAAUCUACUAAUAGAACGAUCACAGAACACCAACUGGACGGUGGUUUUCAAAGCUCUGAUCACGGUCCACCAUAUGCUUUGUUAUGGCAACGAGAGGUUUACACAGUAUCUGGCGUCCAGUAACAGCACGUUUCAGCUCAGUAAUUUUCUCGAUAAAAGCGGCGUGCAAGCAGGAGCACGUAUCGGCUAUGACAUGUCACCAUUCAUCAGAAGAUACGCCAAGUAUCUGAACGAGAAGGCUCUUUCCUACAGAACUGUAGCGUUUGAUUUUUGCAAAGUUAAGAGAGGAAAGGAGGAUCGCACCCUGCGAACCAUGAACGCUGAAAAAUUAUUGAAAACCUUGCCAGUUCUCCAGGCACAAUUGGACGCCUUGCUAGAAUUCGACUGUACCGCUAAUGAUCUUACAAACGGUGUUAUAAACAUGGCUUUUAUGCUUCUCUUUCGAGAUCUGAUCCGAUUAUUUGCUUGUUACAACGAUGGCAUUAUUAAUUUACUAGAAAAAUAUUUUGAUAUGAAUAAGAAGCAAUGUCGCGAGGCUUUGGACUUGUAUAAAAAGUUUCUGAUACGAAUGGAUCGGGUUGGUGAAUUCUUGAAAGUUGCCGAGAAUGUCGGUAUUGAUAAAGGGGAUAUACCUGAUCUAACAAAGGCUCCAAGCAGCUUGUUGGAUGCAUUAGAACAACACUUGGCUUCCUUGGAAGGAAAGAAGGGCUCUGCAGCAAAUACACCAACGCAAUCUGCAAGCAAUAGAACGAAUGUAAAGUCGGGAGUGUCCGCCCUGUCUUCCACCAGUACUGCGUUUGGAACAGCAGCGAGUAACAAUCGACUCGACCAUGCUGGAAAUGGACAUAUCGAUGAAGCGUUACGGCAGCAAGCUCUCGCGGAAGAGGAAGCCGCUAUGAAUCAGUACAAGGCAAAAGUACAAUCUCCGUCGAGCGGCCCAAGCACGAAUCCAUUCCUCAGUUCUCCAACGAAUAACGCCAACCAGCCAAUCGUAGAUUUGUUUGGUGCAUCAUCAGCGACGGCAGAAAAUCAGCCACAGAAAGCAUCAGACGAUUUGCUUCAGCUAGCAGGCAAUCCUUUUGCGGACAUGUUUGGCGCACCACAGCCUGCAGCUGCGCCGACCACACAAGCGCAAAACAAUAUGUGGAUGACUAACGGUAACGGUUUUGCCGCAGUGCCCCCAGCAAAUAAUAACUUUGUUACAGAUAACAGUUUCUCUUCCGUAUUUGGCAAUCAAGAUUCUCAAUCCGCUGGUGCUCCAGGAGCAGCGGGAUCCGUACCGAACCCUUUCAUGUCCGAUUUCCCUUCCCUCGGUCCUCAACCACCGCAGUCAAACGCAGCCGCUUUUGGUCUCUUCGAGCAGGGUGCCGCGAACCAAGGUGGCGAGAGCCAGCAACAAUCGCAGACCGGAGACCUGUUCAGUGCUGGCGGUCAGGCAGAUCUCUUUGGGAGCGACUCUGCAGUGCCCAAGACCGCGGAGGGAGGAGCCGCCGGGGAUGCUGCCGGUGAGACGGUAUCCUCAGCGACUGCAGCCUCCGGUAAGUCCACUGCCACGCCGCCUCCCAGACCGCCGCCUCCCGCGACAGCCAUGAACGGUGCUACGCCAAGAUCAGCAUCACCAACUACAGCAGGAGCGGCGGCUGGAAAAGCCCCAUCAGCCGCAUCGAUCAACACCGCCGCCGCCGCUCCAGGCAAAAGCGCUUUCGAAGAUUUGAACGAUAGUAUUCGUAUGGCACUGGGCGGGUCUCCGUCUCGACCGGCACCCAUCGCUCAACAACAAGUCCCAACCGCGCAGCAAGCGCAGCAAGCACAGCAACAACCUAUGCAACAGGGUUUCGGCAUGUUCGAUAUGGUCGGCAAUAUGCCCGCCACCGGGCAGCCUGUUAUGCCUGGUGGUCCAAUGGCCGGCUACGGUAUUCCUACCCAAGUCCCGGCGGGGUACGGUUCCCCGGCAAAGCAACCGAUUUCAGCAGCAGGGCAACCCCAAAAUGCAGCAUCCACGGGGAAAGUUUUGACCGGGGAUUUGGAUAGCAGCCUUGCUAGCCUUGCCCAGAAUUUGUCUAUCAACAAAAGUGCGCAACAACAAGUCAAGGGUAUGCAAUGGAAUUCUCCUAAAAAUGCUGCCAAAACAGGAGGUCCAGCUGGUGGAUGGACACCACAACCCAUGGCAGCAACUACUGGUGCUGGUUAUCGUCCAAUGUUGUACAAUGCAUGCAUGGCAUCUGGCAUGCUACCGGCUGUUGCAGGGUCAAGGAAUGACGCAACUUCCUACAACCACCUUGGGCUUUCCUCCCCACACUGCACCAUUGGAAUUUGGAUUGGAAACGAGCGGACGAAGCACCAAUUCUGUAAAUAUCGUGUAAUAUGCCUAGAAAAUGUGCCCCGCUUAUUCUCGUUAUUCUACGUCAUCCGCCACGAACCGACCCGUCCCCGGUGAUUUAUGGAAGAAGAAGAAAUCUCCUCGGAACGACGGUGUCGAUGGAUUCCCGUACACAUAUUUCUACUGCUGAUCGAGUAUAAUCGCAUAUACGGGUUUACUCAGUUUACGGCGGGUUGCCUUACCGAAAUAUGCGUGUAGUCUCAGUGUAUACAGUUCUACGAAGCGACUAUAAAUAGAGAGUUUAUAGACAAGUUAAACAGAUAUGAACCGUAUUGCGUUUAGAAUUCCAUGAAUGCGCGGAUGCAACUAUUCCGUAAGAGUUGACUGUGAUAGUACUGCAUUGACAUUGUUGCGUUUUUUUUCCAGUAAUUCUCGGCUAAAGAAUAUACUGGCAAAAAUCCGGGAGAGAUUGGGGGUCGUAUGUGUUCGCACGUGUGCAUGUAUGUAUGAAGAAUCUUUCAUGUAGCAAAAAAGUAGAGAGUUUCAUAUAGUUCCACAAGCUUUAUGUAUUCUGAAAGAUGUGUCGAGUAAGGAAGUAUCGUCUCUCUUUAAUAAGGAGAAGUAUAUCUCGGUCGGUAUCGUCAUGAUUCUAAACGUAAAUACGUCGAGAAAAUUAUACAUAGUUGGCUGAUGCAUGAUGUAUCCAUAAUAAUAUGUAAAAUUACGUGUUGCGUAUACACGUAUACGUACGCGUUAUUUGUAUACGUGUAUACGUAUAUCGUAGCCAGAUUCGCGCGAAGAAUACAACGUUGAAAAUUAUAAAUAUAUCUAUAUAUAUAUAAAUGUAUAUGUACAUGGCGUAAUCCUAAAAUAUGGCGCACCCGUGUCGCUCUUCGUUUCAUUUUUUUUUUUCGUACUAUCUUGAUUUCGACUCAGGGCGCUGAAGCAGUUACGAUGUAUCCGUUGUUAAAGUAUUAAAUAUUAAAUAAUAAUGUAUUAUAUAUAUAUACAUACAUAUAUAUAUAUAUAUAUAUUAUAUAUAGAGAGAAAGGGAGAGAGCGAAUGAGCGAAUGAAUGCGUUGAGUGGGAAUGUUAGAUGGUCCAGCUAAUGUUCUUUAUCCGUAUACCGUUCCGAACUGUCUUAAUUAGGUAAUUAAACGAACUAUGUACACAAAUUAAGAUUAUGAUACUCAUACGAUUAAUUAUGAAUGUAACACGUGAGUCUACGAUUCAGUAUGGUACUAUUAAUAUAGUCAAUAAUGACUGUUCUAAGGUCUAAUUCGGGAUUCGUUUUGUCUCUCGCCGUGUGCAGCUACCUCCACGAAUCUGCGCUGUGUAAUUAACGAGGAACAUGUAUCUUUAUUUCCGUCUGGAGUUAUUCGAAUAAUGUUUGUAAGAAGGAGAAAUGGAUAUCGUGUACGUAAAGAGAGGAAUGAGAUAUAGGAAUGAUUUCACGUUUAAGAUCUCUGGUACGGUCAUCUGAAUCUUGCUGAAUCGCAGUUACUAGUAGCUGGCAGUUUUUCCUUUAACGUUUUUGUAUUUUCGUGUAGAAGAGAUGGUGAAGUGUAAAUUACACGAUAUAGGUUCCUGUUUGCAAGUAUCCUUUUGAAAUGUUGCUUUAAGUAUUGUAGAGUUUUGAUAAACCUUCAUGAAGUUUAAGUGAAACAUUCCAUUUGAAUGAAAACAUAAGAGAAUUUUGUAAAAAGGAAAAUGUUAUUAUUUAACUAUUUGAAUCUAUUUAAAAUUGGAUUGGUAAGUGGCACAAAUAUUAAAAACCAAUGAACGUAACAAACAUGAACAUUAAGUUUUUCUUCUUUUUUUUUUUUUUUUUAUACUGCCAGAUAAUUGUCAGUACGAGGAUGAAUGGAAUGCGUUUUGGUUGUGUAUGCAGAAAGGAAAUUUGGCAAAAAAGAGAAGAAGGAUUAAUGAAAAUAUGAGAUACUGUGUUGGUGUGUUGGACUCUCUAAAAAGUCAGGGGUGUGCAGACUUGUUUCCCCAUCGGACCAUGCAAAACAUAUUGGAGAAGGUACAAAUUGUGCAAAUAAUAUUCUGUAAAAACUAGUUAAAAAUGGUAAUUUGCAAUUCUUUAUGCCUAAUCUCUUAAUUAGAUACUAACUUACAAAUCUAAAAUAUCAUCAAUUUUUCAGAGAACAUUCUUUAAGAUAAUCGUGCACCCCUGAUGCGAGUUUGUGACUUAUUUACCAUUAGGUGUCCUUGUAUAAUGCGAUCAUAGAAGUUGACGAGAACAACGGCUAUAGGAAACUAGAUCAUAAAUUACAUGUUCAAUUAACGUCUAUGAAUCACGCGAGGAACUGGUCACCAUUAAGUUUAAGGAAAUGAUCCUUCAAUUCUCUGUGCAUCCUGGUAGAACCUCGUUGAGAUACAAAAUGUACUCAAGUAGGACAACACAUUUGGAAUUAUUAGAGAAAGAUUAAAAUCCAUAAGGUUCUAUUUUUAGAGGAGGUGCUGUUUUGUUGAAGACAUAUAAUGAGGUACAAAAAUUUCUGAGCAGUUAUUUUCUUCGCUCUAUCUUAGAAAUAUCUCUAUAAAUAAUAAAAACUACGUAAAACUCGCAGAAACUUUUGAAUCUCGGUGUAUCUUCAUUAACAGACAAGAAAGAAAUAUCUGAAAUUGUGUAGUUAACGUAUAAGGAAGGAAGAUUACUCAAUGAAACUUCAAUUAUGUGAGUUGAAAUUAAUGAGAUUGUUACUUCGCACAAACGACAUGUGGAUAAUGAUAAAGCUAGUAGAACCUCGUUAAUUCAGACUCGCCCAAGGUUAAUAUCAAGAGAAAAAAAAAAUUCCAGUGUGAUGUUGUAUUUUGAAAUUGUAGUUCUGUUCAGAUUCGUGAACGGUGGAUGUAAAACUUGUAUCAUUUUGUAUGCAUCACAGUUGUGCUAAGAAAGUUGGUGUAAUCUCAUCGACUACGUUUAAAAACGAUGCUUUAAAUGGCAAAACACAAUCUGUUCGUGUAAACUUACUGGUGAUCAAGUAUAACAGGACAAUAUUACACAUACAUAUACAUAUAUAUACACAUAUACACAUAUUUUAUCGAGAAUUAUAGGGCAGUAGCAAUCUAUGUAACUCUUCCCUGUCAGCUAGAGAAAGACAGCACGAUAUAUUAGGGAAAAAAGAGAAACAAACGCUAUAUUAAAUCUUUCGUCGAUCAGCCAUUAACUCAUUCAGUGCCAUGAAAGAACUUGGAAAUGAUCCUAUCUUCUUCUUAUUCUUCUUCUUCUUCUUCUUCUUCUUCUUCUUCUUCUUCUUCUUCUAAUCCUAUAUGAUGCAUUCAAAGAUCACUAGCUAACUGAAGAGGGUCCACUAGUAUCAUAAUGUAUUAUUUCUUUUAAUUUAAAUAUUUAAUUACUUUAAGCAACUGAAAUAAAUACUCAAUCUAUAAUUGAUAUAGAGUAAUAUAAAAAGAAAAUUUUCAAGUAGUAAAAAACAAUAAGUUUAGCUUAUUGUUUGUUCAUUUUAUAGUGUACAGUUUCAUUAACAAGAAUAGAAGAUAUUCAUUCAGAGUUGAUGUAAAUAUACUAUGAUACAUUUAAUUAGAUAAAUUGUACAUAACAUCUGUCUUUAACGAUAAUUAAAGCUGCUGGUUCUGCUCUAUUGAUUGAUACAAAGUUUAGCAUGUUGGAAGGUUAAAAAAGGGCAAACCUUUUAUUUUAGGGAGAGGCACUGAAUGUGUUAAGAGCGUCGCCCUGGAGGAACCUGUAAAGUUGCUAGCGUUUAGCCAGAAAUAUUUUGUUUAACGAGAAAGUAACGAAAGAUUGGACGAGCUCGACCGAAUCGAUAUCGGCAGACUUAGAGUCUCUAGAGACGGAGAAACCGCUAUUUUUUCUGAUCAUUGAUAACAAAUCCUAGUAAUGCCAUAUUUGUCUCAUUUUCCGUUCUACACCUGUGUGUGUGUGUGUGUGUGGACAAAAAAUUUCUCAACGGAAGAUGUGUACACCAGUAAAACAUUAGUUGAGACGCUAUUAUUUACAAUUACUUUGUAUUAAUUGUCAUUGAUAUCAUUAUACGCUACGAAUAUGUUGUAAUGAUUAUUGUGUAACACAUGAAUGGCGUUUAAUAGAGUAUUUAUUGAAAUUAA